AUGGUGGUUGAAGUUGCCAGCACAGCAUGGAUGCUGGUCGCCAUGGCCUUGGUGCAGCUGAUGACACCAGGUUUAGCUUUCUUCUAUGGCGGAUUAGUCAAGGAGACGAGUGUGUUGACGAUGAUGAUGCAAAACUAUGCCUCCAUGGGAGCAGCCAGCAUCAUCUGGUUCGCCUUCGGAUUCUCCAUGUGUUUCGGGGACAGCUGGGGCUUCAUCGGCAGUCCCUGGACGUAUCUGGGAUUUCGGCACUUGAGCGUGCGGGAGGCGCUUCCCGGACAGGUUAUUCCAAGUGAGCUCUUCGCAGCAUACCAAGGCAUGUUUGCGAUCAUCACACCUGCGCUCAUGACUGGUGCAUUUGCGGAUCGAUUGCGCUUCAAGCCUUAUCUGAUUUUUAUGUGCCUCUGGCUGGUGUUGGUGUACUUCCCAUGGUGCCAUUUGAUCUGGGGCGGUGGUUGGCUUGCGCAGUGGGGAGUUGUGGACUUUGCUGGAGGCAUCGUCGUGCACGUCACGGCAGGCUUCUCCGCGUUGGCCAGUUUGAGCGUAAUCGGCCACCGUGAGAUCCCAGAGGAUGAGAAGCACAUACACGAGACCCCUCACAACAUUCCCUUCGUGGCUCUGGGCACAGCCUUGCUGUGGUUUGGCUGGUUUGGAUUCAAUGGCGGUUCUGCUGUGGCCGCCAACGGUGUAGCGAUAGGAGCUGCGGUGAACUCGCAGAUCGCAGCUUCCGUGGCGCUUUUUCUUUGGCUGAUAAUAGAAUGGCUGCGUUUUGGUCGGCCUUCGCUUGUUGGACUUUGCGUCGGGGCAAUCGCCGGCUUUGCGACCAUCACGCCGGCAGCUGGCUAUCUGCAGCCUUGGGCCGCGUUCGUCUUGGGACUGAUCGCGACCGUCUUCUGCUACGCUUGCACUGAGCUGAUCAACCGCCUUGGGCUGGACGAUGCGCUGGAUGUGUGGGGGGUGCAUGGUAUGGGCGGCUUCAUAGGAGCCAUCAUGCUUGGGACCUUGGCGGACGGCAGUGAAUGUGCAGACGAGGCCACAGCGCCGAAAUUCUGCAUCAACCCUGGCACUGUUACUGCGUCCUUGUCACAAACCGGAAAGCAGACGGCAGCGGUGCUGAUGUGCGCCGUAUACUCUGUCGUUGUCACCCUGAUCAUCCUCAAGGGCAUCAGCCUCUGCAUGCCGCUGAAUCCGCCCAGCCUCCACGUGGACUUGCAUGAGCUCGCGGAGCAUGAGAAGGCAUAUCACAGCCCAACCCGCGCUUAUCUUACCGAUGUCCUCAUGGCCGUGCAGAGUUCGCAGUCACAGUCGAAGGGUUCCCAGAGUGCGGACGAAUCCUCCGCUUCUGAGUCGGCAUGA